CAUUUCUGUAAAUUUCUGACAACCAUGCCUACGACAACAACAUAUACUAUUAUUAUUAUUAUAGGAGUAUUAUUUUUUCUUAUUCCUCUUUUUCCUAUCCUACUUUUUAAUGCUUACCCUUCACUCUUCAACCCCCCCUCCCCACUCCACACUGGCCCCUUAAAGCACAUACACACAAAAAGUAGUAAACAAUGUUGUUGUUCUUGUUUUGAGAUUUUCUUGAUCUCAUAAAGGUGCUUUCUUUUUAUCAGCAUUGUUGUAUUUUUGGUCAGUUCUUACUAAGUGGGGUUUUCUUGUUUGAUUCAAGGUAUGAGAAAUCAAUAGGGUGCUAUAAUUUUUACUGCUAUGGAGUCUACAUUAUCAGGAGCAAUUUUCACCGUGACAGCUAAAUCUCAAGGUCUUGUUCUUGAUCCCUAUAAAUUUAUCCAAUUGAGUAUGGAAGAGAAAAGGCAAUUAGUACAUGAAAUUUCUCAAUGCUCUGAAGAUGCGCCAAAGAUCUUGAGUUCGUUGACCAGAAAAGAACUUCUAGAUAUUAUAUGUGCUGAGAUGGGCGAAGAGAGAAAAUACUCGGGCUACACAAAAUUCAAAAUGAUAGAUCACCUUCUAAAGCUGGUUUCUUGCAAGUCCACUGCAAAUACUGGUUCUGCCUUCAAAAGGCAACGGAAGCAAGAGUAUCAAUGUCAACUUUCUAUUCAGAAUGAUGAAGCUAAUUGGGAGACGGAAAGCAAAACCCAGAUUCUACUCUGUCCUAAUCUGGUAUGUAGAGCUACUCUUGAAAGAGAUGAUGUUUUCUGCAAAAGAUGUUCUUGCUGCAUUUGUCAUCAGUACGAUGAUAAUAAAGACCCUAGUUUGUGGUUAACCUGUGAUUCUGAUUCUCAAGAUGAAACUAAGCCAUGUGGAUUGUCGUGCCAUCUAAAAUGUGCACUUGAGCAUGAACUAUCUGGCAUAUGGAAGAAUUCCAUCAAUCCUAAAUUGGAUGGAGAUUUCUAUUGUGUUUCUUGUGGAAAAGUUAACGGGCUGAUGAGGACCUUGAGAAAACAAUUGAUGACAGCAAAGGAGGCGAGAAGAGUUGAUGUGCUGUGUUUAAGAAUCUCUCUAAGCCAUAAAAUCCUGGAGAAAACUGAGAAAUACAAAGGACUGCUGAAAGUUGUUGAAUUGGCUGCUGAGAUGCUGAAGAAUGAAGUAGGGCCUCUUGCACAGGCAUCAGAGAGAAUGGAUCGCAGGAUAGUGAACAGGCUUUCUUGCGGUACUGCAGUUCAGAAGUUGUGUGACUCUGCAGUGGAAGCUUUUGAUUCCACGUUUCCGAACCAAUACUCUAAUCAUAUGAAAAAGGAAGAGACUCCGAUGUCGUGCCGGAUACAUUUUGAGGAGCAAUCUCCAUCUAAAGUAACCGUUGUCUUCAAUUAUGAUGAUUUAAUGUUGAGCGAACUUAUGGGCUUCAAAUUGUGGUACCGAAAGUCCACAGAAAACAAAUACCCAGACGACGCAACUUUUACUGCUCUAAGCCCUGUGAAGAGAUUUAAGCUGGAUGGUCUUGAUCCUUCGACACAGUACUUCUGCAAGGUUUGUUUCUUCAGCAAGGCAGCAACUUUGGGGGUUCAAGAAGUGAAAUGGGUAACACCUGCUGUACAGACGCGCUACAAGUCAGGUUCAAACGAAGUACAUAGGGAGAAAGAUAAUGCUACUACAGAUAGUACACUGAUGCAUCCCGAGUCAAUGAGUUCUACUGACAACAAACUAACAACUUAUAUUGAAAGCAAAGCUAAUGCAUUUCCCAUAUCCCCUCCUUCCAAGAUGCACAUGCCUUUAGCUAGUCCACUUUCAAGUGCACCUGCCACACCUUGCCAAACUGAUGGGUCAAAGGAGGUGCAAUUGAGUGGCGUAGUACAAGUGAAGGAAUGUGAUUACGAGUAUUCUGUACGGAUCAUCAAAAAGUUGGAGCACGAGGGCCUCAUAGAAACAGAUUUCAGAGUGAAGUUCUUGACUUGGUUCAGCUUGAAAGCCACACCACAAGAGAGAAAGGUAGUUAGAGUCUUCAUUGACACCUUCAUCGAUGACCAUUCAAGUUUGGCGGGGCAACUCACAGAUACAUUCAUGGAUGAGAUAUGCCCGGAGUCUAAAGUUGACCUACAUGCUCUCUGUAGUAGAUUCUGGCAUUAAAAACACAUCUACUUUCUGAAAUUAGCUAGGUAAAACAAUUUUCAUAGUUGAUCCAACUAACCAAUCUUUGAUAACUUAUGCUCUGAAAUUAUUCUUGUGAAUCGUAUUGGCAGAUGUUAUCUCUAGAGAUAAAAGAGAUUUCAAUCUUGAAGUAAACCUGUUAUCGGAACAGGCUUUGAUGUUAUUGAAGGAUAAUAACAUUUCCAGUAAGAUGGGAAACCUUCAUGAUCCAA